AGGUUUGAGGUUUAAUCAACCAAUUCGCACGCUUGACAUGCAAAAAUGUCCACAAUGAUGUUUUGACAAAAAAAAAAGAUAGUGAAAAUAAUCACAAAUUAGACCUACAAAAUUAUUGCUCACUACGAAAUUGUUUAUAUUUGUUUUUUACCUAAAUCAAGAUUUUCUGUUUCAAAAAAAUACUUUUUGAAUUUUUGUUUUUUGAUGCAAGAAUUGUCAAAGACCGGUGAUAAUUAAUUUAAUUUUAGAAAAUAUGUAAUGUUUGAGUGAUAUUUGCUACUUAUUUCGAAUGUGAAAAUCACAUGGGGCUUUUGUAAGAAAUGCGAAAAAGAAAACCCUAUUUCGGAUGUGUUUGAUAGUUUGUCAUCGAAUCAUAUCGAUGUGCAUGCUCAGUUGUAAUAUUCUUUGGAGGUUAUAUUCCAUCGUUCGCCGGAUCAGAACUGCAACUACUUUGUCACCGUAGUGAAACCACCGGUGUCCCAUUCCGUUUAAUCUCCGAUUUGCAGGUACCACCUGCACGAAGAAUCGUGGCGGAUUGAAAGUUGUAAAUAUUUGCUUUUGAAAAGGAUGGAGCUGUAGGUUGCAUUUUGGAGUGUUAUUUAUAGCUCCAAAUAAUUGUCUGUGCCAGAAGAAGGUGUGAACUUGUAUGUUUAUAGGAUCACAGGGGCAAUUUGGUACCACAAGUACAAAAUGGCUGAUGCACAAGAGAUGUGGUGUCUUGUGACUGGAGGAAGAGGGUUUGUAGCAAGGCAUUUAGUGGAUAUGCUGAUCCGUUAUGAUAUAUAUGCAGUUAGAAUUGCAGAUAUUGGGCCUGAUAUCAAGCUUGAAAGCCAUGAAGAGAGAGGAAUUCUUGGGAAAGCAUUAUCCUCAGGUCGUGCUCAAUAUGUAUCUAUGGAUCUUCGCAACAAAUCUCAAGUAUAUAAAGCUUGUCAAGGAGUUGAAGUUGUUUUUCAUAUGGCUGCUCCAGAUUCAUCAAUCAAUAACCACCAGCUGCAUUAUUCAGUCAAUGUUCAUGGCACAAAGAACAUAAUUGAUGCUUGUAGUGUGUCAAAUGUGAAAAGGCUUAUCUAUACUAGUUCUCCUAGUGUGGUGUUUGAUGGGAUACAUGGAAUACUUGAUGGGGUUGAAGCAAUGCCAUAUCCUGCUAAGCACAAUGAUUCAUAUUCUUCAACUAAGGCUGAAGGAGAGGCAUUAGUUAUCAAGGCAAAUGGAAUGAAUGGACUUUUGACAUGCUGUAUUCGUCCCAGCAGUAUUUUUGGUCCUGGUGAUAAGUUGCUUGUUCCAUCUUUAGUUGCUGCAGCAAGAGCAGGAAAAUCAAAGUUUAUGAUUGGGGAUGGAAAGAACAUGUAUGAUUUCACUUAUGUUGAAAAUGUGGCACAUGCACAUGUAUGUGCUGAAAGAGCUCUUGCAUCAGGAGGCACUGUAUCAAAGAGAGCUUCAGGCGAGGCUUAUUUUAUAACUAACAUGGAGCCGAUCAAGUUUUGGGAGUUCAUGGGACUUAUUCUUUCAGGCCUUGGCUAUGAAAGGCCACAAAUCAAGAUUCCUGCUUUUGUGAUUAUGCCAAUUGCCCAUUUAGUAGAGUGUAUAUAUCAGAGGUUAGCACCCUAUGGGAUGAAGCCACCACAAUUGACACCUUCAAGAAUCAGACUCCUCACUUGCAACACAACUUUUACUUCUUUAAAAGCAAAUGAUCGACUUGGCUACAGACCUAUUGUACCACUUCAGGAGGGUGUGAAAAGAACUGUUGACUCGUAUGCUGAUCUCAGAGCUGAACUUUGGCAUAGUAAGGAAAGACCUUCUAAAGUCGCUGUAUGUCUUGGAAAUGGAAUUGUUGCAGACAUACUUCUAUGGAGGGAUGCAAAAGUGACACUUGGUGCAAUGGUGGUUUUGUUUGGAUUCUAUGUCAAUUUUGUAGUACCUGGACAAACUAUGAUUACUUCCAUUUCCAAAGUCUUCAUCAUAGCAACCAUUUUUUUAUUUAUCCAUGGGAGGUUGCCAAAUAGUUUCAUGGGAUAUUCAAUUGACAAAAUUCCAAAAUCAAAGUUUCAGUUCACAGAUAAAUCAUACCACCAAACUGUUUUAUCAGUGGCUUCUUCAUGGAAUUAUGCAGCUAAUAGUCUAACAUCUAUUUCCAGUGCAAGUGACUCAAGGAUAUUCUACAAGACGGUUAUAGCACUCUUCAUGCUUGGCUUGAUUGGAUCCUUGUCACUUCAAAGUUUCUUUUCGAAAGUGCUUCCCUUUGCCUUUGUUGCUUUCUACCUUUAUGAGCAAAAGGAAAACGAAAUCGAUGAAUUUCUUGAAAAAGGUGUCCCGAUCAAACGCUUGUCAAAUUCCUUCUUUCCAAGAUUAUUUAAUCCUUCCAAGCCCAUUAACAAACGUGAGUAGUUGAACUGUUGACUAUUACAAAGUUUGACCACAUCUCAUUCAGGCAUCAGUAUGUCCAAAAUUGCACGUCUUAUAAUACAAAAAGAAAAAAAAAAGUAUCAUAAGACCACACAAGCGCCCCAUACUUUCUAUUUUUAUGGUUAUAUUUAUGUUAAGCAUGUUGAAUGGCUCUAUUGUAUUUGUUGUAUGGAAGUCAUGCAUCAUUAGGAUUGACAGAUGUUUUAGUUGGCUCAUACUGUUGAGUACGAUAGACGAUAUGAGAUGUAAAUCAGAUACAUAGCAGUAUAAAAGAGCCUAGUUCCUUCAAGAAGGCCAAUUUGUAUUGGAAUUAAAACUCACAUUGUAGUUGUUAAGAAUCGAACUUUUGAGACCA